AUACUUUGCUGCGUGGGUGCGCGUACGUACAUACGCGAUUACGAAAGUCGACGAAAGUACUAUGUGUAGCAACGGUGUGCUCUGAUAUUUUUUUUUUCGCGUAAAACAUAAAUAUACAUAGCUUCCCGGAAUCACCGAGAUUUCGAAGGCUUGCUUUUGCGAGGCUUGUUCGUGCGAGAAUCGUGCGAGAGUCGCGUUGUUCGCUCAAAGGACGGUGAAUGUCGACUCGCGCACAACGUAUCUUCCUUCGCACCAACUACGAGAGACUUAAAUGAGUUUGCAAGACAGUCUGUUUUCGGAGGAUGUCGAAGAUGACAUAAGCGUCUUCGUCAAGAACAAAACACGCAAAAGAGCUCUUGUCUUCCCGCCGGUCAACAAUUAUCGUCGGUACAUAAUACACCAGCUGGUGCAAGACCGUUUCCCGGAUCUGCUGCAGACCUUCUCGAUCGGUCAGGGCUCGGCCAGGCGUACCGUGGUAUGCUUCAAGAGCGACGUAAGAAGAGAUUGGGAACCGAAAUCGAAUGCUCCUGACUGGAAAACAAGUCUCGCAUUUAAACAAAGAGACACGAAUCGCGGGAUGGGUGUAGAAGGACGACGGUCGCCCUCAAGUUCCCCAGAAUACAAACCAACGCAACGACAAGCCAAAUCAACACCGUCAGUUGAGAUCUAUAGACCACCGGCGGCUAGGAGAGCUGCCAACAAUUGUUCGCAAACAAGUGGCACACAAAUACAAACACAACAGUCGACCACAGACUCUCCUUCGGUCAAAAAUGUUCGACAAAGACGUCCCGAUCGAGCGGUUUACGUGCCCAGGCACCGAAGAAGUUUGGAAAUUGAGGAAAAGAAGCCGCAAAAUUCAAAAGCUCCUCUCGCAACUCCCAUAAGCGCAUUGAACGAGGAUUCGAAUACAAAUAACAAUUCUAAGCUGCAAGAUGUUUGUUGUGCGCAACGGAAUAUCGGCGACUCGAGUUCGAGCAGUCAACUUUCCGACGGUCUUAACGUGGAAAUUGAAGAUAGUCGAGAGAAUUUAAAGAAUAUAGCUUCGUCAGAUUCUGAGAUAACUUUUGACGCUCAGAGUAACGCCAAGCCGAUAGAAAAGGAAAAUGCGCCAACUUCUGUGAAAGAGAAAGAAACGAGUAGUGAUCAUAACGAAAAUAGUGCUGAUAUCAGUCUCGAACCAUUCGUCGAAAGUAAAGAGCAAUUGAAAUCGACGCAAGAGACUGCGAAGGAAAACCAAUCAGCGGAAAAUUUAAAUUGCAGUGAUAUAACAGAUUGUGAGAGCAAAGCAGAUGAACAAGAUCAGACGUCGAACGUUUUGGUAAUCUCUGAUGUCACUAAAAACCAAUCGAAUCAGUUCGAUCAAGUCUCACCGGUUCACGCGAUACCGCCUGAGAAGAAAGCGAAAAAGAUAGAAAGGCAAAAGAGCAAACCGGUGCCACCACCUUCUCCGCCUAUAAAAAUAAAUAGAGACGAAUGCGAUUGGGACAGUCUGUUCGAUGAUAACGGCGACUGCCUAGAUCCAACACUGAUAGACGAACUUACGUCAGCAGUAGGCGAAGUAGUGAUAGAACAACCAAAGAAUGAUUAUAAGGCGUAUAGCAAACAAGUCGAGGUGUCUAGCGACGAGUUUGCGCACGUAGUAGAAAUUUAUAAUUUCCCUUCCGAGUUUAAAACUAGCGAUUUAGCAGCUGUAUUUAGUUCUUUCAAAAAUGGCGGUUUCGAACUGAAGUGGGUGGACGAUACUCACUGUUUAGGAGUUUUUAGCAGUCCUCUUGUUGCUGCCGAAGUGUUAGCGUCGAAUCAUCCGUUUGUAAAAACGAGACCGCUUAGUCAGGCCACCGCUUUGAGCAAAACGAAAGCGAGAAGAAGCGCGGAAUUCCUCCAACCCUAUCGAAAUCGUCCCGAAACGUGCUCCGCCCUGGCCAAGAGAUUGGUCACAGGUGCACUGGGUGUGAGGCUUGCUACAGCUAGUCAGGAACGCGAGCGCGAAAAGAACAUACUGCGCGAGGCAAAAGAAAAAAAGCGGUUAGCCAACAAACAACGAGAGGAUGCCUGGGAAGGCAUAAUACCGACAAAGUAAUAUUACGUGCCCUUAAAAACACUGGUAUUUAUAGCACUUGUUUGUACCUCAUGUUAUACAUGCGCUCGCAUUAACCUCGUGGAUCUACGUGACGUAGUUUCACCACGACACUUGCAUGACGUUUACAUGUAUAUAUAUACAUAUAUGCUUGCGUUGAUGUACGAAAGUUGAAAUUUUAUCAUGAGAGAGAAAUCGGCGCUUCCGUGGCGCGCCUUACAUAUAUUUGUGUGUGCCUUACUCAUCUAUCUUUCAUAUUGAUAACUAAGCAAAUAUUUCGAACAAGACAUAUGUGUAUACGUUUUUCCACUUGCUUUUGUCCGCGCAACUUUGUUACAGAAAUAUAUAUAUAUAUAUAUAUUUGUGUGUGUAUAUAUAUAUAUGUAUAUGUAUAUAUAUACGAUAUUAUUUUUGUGUCACAGUAGAUGAGUUCGGCGUGCAAAUAUUGCGAAUGGUAAAAUAUCUGACGUAAAUCGGAUAAUUAUUUUUUGAAAACUGUCGAGACAAUAUGUAAAGUUAUUUUACAUAUGUGCUAACGAAAUUUGUAUAGAAAAAUGUAAAAUAUAGAAUACGCGCAUCUUUUUGAGAGAUGCAAAAAUGUGCAAUUUGUUUUUGUUUUUUUUUAAUGAAUAGAGCGACGUCUCUUUCGUUGAAAAAUUUAUGUAAAACUUACAUACACGUAAAGCGUAUGGCUCUUCACACUUGCAUUGUCACACAAAAAUGUACAUAAAUAUCGAUAUUUUAUAAUACCUUGAAUACGCGAAACAAUUGUCACUGUUAUAAGUUUAUACACAAGCAACAGUUGAUAGCGCGUAGUACAGUUUGAUCGUAAGACAAUAAGUUGCCGUUCUUUCAUACACAUCGACAUUUCAUGUUACAGCGAUACAUCAAAAUAUAUAAAUAUAUAUAUCUUUACAAAAUUUUAUAAAAUUCCCCGAUGUGAAACAAUUGAUAGUUGUGUGUGGCAUUGAAAUAACACUCUAUCUCUCAUUCUCUGAAGAAAAACCAUUUUAUAAUUCUGACUUUGUCACUGAUACAUACAUAUGUCUGUUAUAUAUACAAAUGUUACAAACCAACGCACAAUCACAUUGUCUAUUCAUAUUGCAGAGUUGCCGAGUGAACGUGAACAGAUUGUAUUUUUAUAUAUAUAGACUUGUUACCGAAAUUCGAAAAAUAAAGAAAUGUGUAUUACCCUA